CUUCUUUCCCUGGCAACACUGAAUUCGAUCAUCUUCUGUCUCAUGUCUCGUGAUAAGAAUAAUUUUUCGGUGUGAAAAAUCACAAUUUGAGUAAAAUUUACGAUUCUAAUUAAUUUAUUAGUUUAAUUAACUCAAGAAAAAUGUUCCCCAGGACGCUCUCUUUGCUACGAGGUACAGCUCAGCGAUCAAAUUUCCAAAUUUCCUGCAGAAACACCAAAAGUACCGCUUACUACGAGCCACCUUAUCUGGAGUCAUCGAAAGCAAAGUAUCCAGUAUACGAAGCACUAACCGUCCAGGUAAAAGGAUACGAUUACCCUCAGCUGGAAAAUUUUCAAAAAUAUGCUCAUACAAUGGCAACUUACAUGGAUAUUCCCGUAGAAUACUGUUGGGCUCAUCCGGCAAGACAUCACGAAGUGCGAAGAUUCAAGCAUCAUAGUUCUGCUAUCGAUGCUACUUAUAAGAUUUUAACGUGCGAAAGGAAUUUAAAAAUUGUAAAUGUCGAUUCGUUGGUACUUCCUUUAUACAUCGAAGUUCUUCAUACAGCUCUACCAGAAGGCUCAAAGUUGAGCGUAUUUACAUUCGAUCCCGAGCAUGAAAAAGAUCGAUAUGUACCGGAUCACGAUCUGAUAUCGAAAAUGAAAGAAUUAGACGAACUUGGAGGUCCUCCGCGUGAUGCUGUGCCAAUUCCUAAAUUCUAAUUCGGUUUCGUAUUGUAAUAAAAUUAUUUGUAUUCUGUUUGUAAAUAAAUAAAAAAAAUUUAUUUCAAUGUAAAAAA